AUGGCAGCAACUGCACUCAUUACUGCAGCCAUGCUCCAGAACUCUGGCCACAUGCACACGCCACUUGACACCAACAAACGUACUAGCAUCCCCACUGUCAGAGCCAAGGCCACACCCGACAUAAGCAUCUUCCACGCGAGUCGAAUGGAAAUCGAGCUCUCGCCUCUGGCGGAAGAAUGGAUGAGCAUCAUCUUCGGCACGCGCUACUACAACUUCCCAAAGAUGAUUAUCGUCGAUGUGAAUGACGCUCGAGAACAGGAACUCUAUGGUUUUCCUUUCCGGCAAAUUGACGAGGUUGUUGUGAGGCUCUACGCGCCGAUGAGUGAUAACCCCGGACAGUUGUUUGUUCUGUUUGAUAGGGUGGUUAAUCUUGUCGAUAUGCUGCGUCGUGCGCCUGUUAUUCAGAAGAUGAGUAUCGUGCUUGAAAGCCUCAAUGGACAGGAGUGGCAUCAUGAGCCUGUGAUGGUCAGGGGUGUAAGAGAGAGCUUUUUUGCGCCGUGGGCGGAUGACUCUGACAUGGUGGUUGUGCCGUUCUGCAGUUUGAAGAAUGUGGGUGGUGUUUGUGUGCAUGCGCACUCGAAGGAGCUAGAGCGGUUGAUUGACUGGAAGGUCAUCGAUUGGGCUGUUGGUGUAGUUCGAGAUCGGUCAUGGGAGGCGUACGUCCCCGGUCCGACUAGGGCUCGGAGGUUCGACACGACGACUUACUACGCCUCAUACACCCACCGGCCUGACCGGUCUACGCCGGGCACCGAUGUCGACCGGAAGGUCGCUGAGUAUUACCUUCGCGUGCAUGUGAAUCUUCUGCGCCAUGACUUCCGCGAUACAGGCCGGCACCAGCGCCGGGACCUCCUGAGACGGUCGUUUGACUACAGCUCCGCUACGACCACGGCGGCCUCGCCAUCUUCCUUCGAGUGUGAUAUGGUGUACAUCGCUGAGAACUACCCAGAUUUACUGAGGAAGUACGACCGCGCGAUUGAAGUCCUUCUCCACUUGGAGCGCAUCAUCGUCUGUACGUAUGACCGCACUAAGCCCAGAGCUGACACGGACAAAUACAUUGCCACGAGGGCCUUGUUUGACGACUGGGAUGAGGCGGCGUGGGGGCUUGUCGAGCGUGCUUUUGGGGAUCCGCUGCCGGUAAUGGGGUCGUGGGUUUUCGAGGGGUGUGCGGGGGAGCUAGGGAGUUUGGUUGAUUAUAAUGACUGUUUGGAGAGAGUAAGGGAGGUGGGUGGGGAUGAUUGGUUGAUGGAGGUUGUGAAGGUGGGGCAGUUUGUGCAGGAUUGGGUUCGUGUGUUUGUGUAUGGGGAGGAGGAUGAGGAUGAGGAGAACGGUGAUCUUGAUGAAGAAGAUGCAUUGGAAGAUGAGGAGGGUGAAAAGAAAGAGGAGAUUGAAGAGAGUGAGGAUGUUGAGAACGAGGCUAAAGAUGAGGAAGAUGAUAAGGAAGAGGCGGAUGAAGAGGAAGAAAGGCUCUGCGAUGAUGGCGAGGAACAGGUCGAGGACGAUGGUGAGAACGAAAACGAGGAAGAGCAAAAAGUUGUCAAGGGCGACAAGAAAGAGGGCAAUGACGAGGGUGAUGUUGAAGAUGAGGGUGAAGCGUACUACGAAGAGGACGAUGACUGGGAUUUCUGUGAGUGUUAUGCUUAG